GUGAGACAUCGACCACGACCACAAUACGUCGCUGACCGUGACCGUGCAGCGCGCUGCUCCCUUCUGGACCGCGAUGUCACCCAAAAUACUGUCCACGAGCAUCUAUAACUUUACAAUCCCCCCGGACAUCUUCCCAAGCGAGGGACCGCCAUGGGGAGAGAAGACGUGACAGAUAUCUCAAGCAGUCCUGCUCAAGCUUCACCUGAAGUUACUGGUAUCGGUCACCGCAUGUGCUAUACCACGAUCAACAACCUGCCUCAGGACGUUUUCCUCAUCAUCUUCUGUAUGCUUUCCCGUCCUCAGUGGUCCAGAACCCCGACGGUAGUGUCUGGUACCACAAUUUCUGGCUGGGAGGGCAUUGAGCUGGAUCCUUGGCCGUCAUCCGAUAUUCUCAAUCCCGAGCAUCCGUUCCCAGACGGUCUCGCCUCCGUAUGUCGCCUGUGGCAAGCAACACUUUCAUCCGUGUCCAAAUUCUGGAACCGUUUGGUUAUAUGGGUUGGCAGAAACCCCACCCCUCUCUCGAAGAUCCGCAGUUACCUCGCUUGGUCGCAAAAUCGCCCCAUUAAAAUCUACAUCGUACGGAGGUUCGACAUGUCUAUGGAGGACCCGAUGGAGAAGGCACAGGUCGCGGCCGUCAUGGAAGAGCUCAUACCCCAUAUGCAGCGGUGGAAAAUCCUUUGCAUCAAAGUCCUUCACUCCAGCUCACUUCCUCUUCCUCGCGUUGACCUCGUGGGGCAUGCAGACAAGCUGAGCCAGCUCACGCUGGACUUUGUGGUUGAUGACUCUGUCGCAAGUGAUGGGACGGCAUCGCCGCUCGUUGGCGAACUCCAUGCCCCCAAUUUGUCCACGCUCUUCAUGAGCGGGAUUCACUUUCGCGAAUUAUUCGUGAAGCCGUUUCCGCAGUCGCUUCUGCCGCCUGCCCUCCAAUACCUCAUAAUCUCCGAGUACGACUCGAUGCGCCAUCCGCCUUUCUUACUAUCCGACCUCCUAACGUGCCUCAUGAGCCACACGUGGUUUGGGUCCGUCGUGCUUGCCAACCUCGAUCUCGACCUCUCCUACGAUGGACCACCCAUCCUCCCACCCUUCAGCGACUGGUGCGCAAACAGAGUUGGCUUCGUCGACAUGAGCGGUGACGUCAUCGCGCAAUACUACCAGUUGCUCCGUUUUCCCUGGGCCGAGACCGUGCACUACGUUCGGUGCUCGAUGGACACAGUCGAAAUGCUGGGAAAGUCAUACUACCUGAAGCUCGAGGAAAUUGCGAACCUAGCAGCCCUCGUCAAUUUUCUCAUCAACGAGCAGGGACAGAAUCCGAGCUAUCGGGCGUGGUUUAGGGACUGCGACGCAUUGUGUCAGCCAGUCCUGUCGGCACUCACGCAGCCAGUGGGCCACGGCGUCUGGCUCUGCCCAGACCUUUGUUGGCUUGCGAUCGAGGGGUGCAAGCGAUUUCAAAGCUCGGACUUGCGUAUGAUGCUGGAGGCCCGUCGCGACGCACACGCGACGAUAGGCUUCGCGGACGAUGGCCAUCCGGAGUACGUGGUAACAUCGGUGAAGUAUCUCGACGUGCAGAACUGCUGCGAGCUCGCACCAGAAGACAAGGAAUGGCUCGACGAGAAUGUGAACGAAGUCUGCUGGGACGAUUGGAGCGGAGGAUGUGGAGGCUGGUGAAAUUUCGUAUCACUUGAGAAGUACGUAGGCGUCGGGACUCAGCCUCAGUACUCAGUACUCUGUAAUCAGUACUCAAGUCUUAGUUUCAACCUUCAAGUUAGGCCGUAAGAUUGGCGAAAUCUCGGUCACAGAAUCUGGGGAACAUCUUCAGGAUGUAACUGUCUGUGGGAUUUUGAGAUCCUGAUUUACCCAAAUUUCCGGUUGCCAGCUCAAAUAGAUGGUCACUGGUACAUAUGUGCAUAGAUAGGCCAUUCAACAACAGUUCC